AUGAGGCUGUUCUGGGGCCUCCUCCUGCUCACAGUGGUGCUGGGAGAGACAGCUGCCACCCGCUGCCCCGCACCCUGCGUCUGUGACAACCUCCGUGCCCAUGUUCUCUGCCUUAAUGGGAACCUGACAGCCAUCCCUGGCACCAUCCAGGAGCUCACCAAGAAACUGAACUUCCGCGGCAACAGCUUCACAGUCAUCCCAGUGGGAGCCUUCCUUGCCACCCCCUACCUCACCCACUUGGACCUGCAGCGCUGCAAGGUGGAGAGGCUGGAGGAAGGAGCUUUCCGUGGGCUGGGGAGGCUGCUCUACCUCAACCUGGCCUCCAAUGGCAUAGCCCUGCUCUAUCAGGAGUCCUUGGAUGGGCUCUCCUCCCUCCAGCAGCUCAUCCUGGAGGGGAACCGUAUUGAGGAGAUCCAGCCGGGUGCUUUCGGCCACCUGGGCUCCCUCGCUCUCCUUGACCUGAGGGCAAACUCUUUGGUCUACCUCCCAGACAUGGUCUUCCAGGGGCUGCAGGCCCUCAAGUGGCUGCGGCUGUCCCACAAUGCCCUCCACGUGGUGGGCAGUGAGGCCUUCACCGCCCUGCCCACCCUGCGCAGGCUCAGUCUGGACCACAAUGAGCUGCAGGCGCUGCCCGGUGAGGCCCUGGCCAGGCUGGAGCUGGCCACCCGGCUGGACCUGGGCCACAAUCCCAUCACCUACAUCGCUGAAGAGGCCCUGGCCAUGGCCUCCCUGAAGCAUCUCUUCUUGGACCAUGCUGCCCUCCAGGACAUAGCACCCGAGGCCUUUGCCGGCAGCCCCCAGCUGCGCACGCUGGACCUCCGCCAGAAUCAGCUGCGAGGGCUCCCCCCCCUGGCUGGGGCUGGGGAGCUGGCGAGGGUCAGCCUGGCUGGGAACCCCCUGCUCUGCUCCUGCCUUCUGCGCCCCUUCCACAGCUGGCUGCUGAGGGCACGGGUGCAGGCAGAGGGGUCGUGUGCUGCCCCCCCUGCCCUUCGCGGACGGCCUCUUGACUCCCUGAGGCCCCCUGAGAUGAGGUGCACUAACCCCCUGCCCCCCCCCGGCCCUCCAGUCCCAUCAGAGCAGCCAAGGGUGGCCAGCCCUGGGCAGUGUCCCCGGGGCUGUACCUGCUCCUCCGCUUUUCAUCACGGGUCCUGUGAGAACAGGGAGCUGCGUGAGAUCCCCCAGGGCUUCCCCAGGGCCACUCGGCUCCUCGACCUGCGCCGCAACACCUUCAGGACGGUGCCACCCGCUGCCUUCCCUGGCCUGAAGGAGUUGGUGUCCCUCCACCUGCAGAGCUGCAGCAUCCAGCUGCUGCACCCCGGGGCGCUGCGGGGGCUGGACAGCUUGGUCUACCUCUACCUCGCCAACAACCACCUCUCCACCUUGUCAGCCGCCGCUUUGGAGGGGGCCCCGCAGCUGGCCUACCUUGACCUAGACCACAAUGCCUUCACCCACCUGCCCACAGGUGCUUUCCAGCUCCUGCCCAACCUCAUCUCCCUCCACCUGCAGCACAACUCUAUUGGGGAGCUGCUGGAGGGUGCCCUGGCUGGGGCCAGGAAGCUGCGCUGGCUCUACCUUGCAGGCAAUGCCAUCAGGCACAUCGCCCCCAGCGCCCUGGCUGCUGCCAAGAUGCUGGAGAAGCUGCAUCUGGAGGGAAACCGCCUGCCAGAGGUGCCCACGGUAGCCCUGUGGGGCCUGCCUGCCCUGAGUGAGCUGAAGCUGUCUCAAAACCCCAUCAAGCACAUGGGGUACGGUGCCUUCCAGCCAGUGGCCUCCAGCCUGCAGCACCUCUACCUGGACCACAUGGACCUGGAGUGGAUUUCCCCUGGUGCCUUCACUGGCCUUGGUCCCAAGAUCAGAAGUCUCUACCUGGAGAGCAACAAAAUGAGCAACAUCCCUGACAUGAGGAACUUCACAGGGCUGGAGAUCCUCAAUCUGAGGGAUGUACCUUUCCACUGUGACUGCCAGCUCCUUCCCCUGCACAGGUGGAUCAGCAAACUCAACCUCCAUGUGGGGGCCACCUGCAAGUCCCCUGCUGAAGCAGAGGGGCUGAAGGUGAAGCUUUCCACCACCUUCCAAACCUGCCCUGGCUGGGGCAGAGGCAAGGAUGGCGGUGGCAGCUCUGACAAGACCAUGUCUGCAAGCAAGCCCAGCAAGAAAAAAAGAUCAGGAAAAUCACCAGCCACUGGCUUCAAGAAGAGCAGAGCUUAGGAAACGUGUGCAGAACACACCAGGGCCAUCCAUUCCGAGGAUGUGGUGAGAGCAGUUUUUCUAGGCUUGCCCCCACCACAGCAGCAUGGAUAUUGCACAGAGUGCAAAAGAGAGAGCCUGGUGUCACCAAAGUGAUGCUGAUUUGCCAAAGAUGUGGGGCUUGAUUUUCAUGUUACCCUGGAAAGAAAUGGUGCAAGAAGCUUCCAUCGUGUUUGCAGCAUGCUCUGAAGUUUCAAACAACAAAGCCAAAUAUUUGCUUUUUCUUUCCCUGGCUCCCUCCAUCCAUGAGGAAAAGCUGGAAUCCCCAAAUCUUGGUUUUAAGAGUGUUCAGAAACAACUGAAGAGCUCUGAGUAGGACUGCAACCAGCAUCAAUC